CGUCGCCACUGCUGCUGUACCCGCGUCGUCGUCGUCCUCAUCAUGGAGUCGGUUGCCGCCACUUAUGGCGGAGCCAGAGAGAGAAAGAGAGAGCGAGCUCGGGAGCAGAGGAGAGAAAGGAGAGACCCGCGCCAGCCACCACCCCUUCUGCCGCUCGAAACCCUGUUGCCGCUGCCGGAGAACGCACUGUUGUCGUCCGCCGCUGCUGCUUGUUGUUCUGAACUGCUGCACCAUUGUUGCCGCCGUUCUAGUUACCGGGUGUGGCGUGGGUGAUCACCGGAACCACCAUCGGAGUUACCGUUAUUUCAGUUCAGCCAUUCGUCCUUGUUUGGCAUCAAGGUGCUACGUCAUCACCGGAGCUGCUGUUGCUCCGUUUUCUCGAUUAUUCGUAAGCCCAGCUGUGUUUAGAGGCUGUGGCUGCUGCGGGGACGGUCGGUAUUGAUGCUGUUGCUGUGAGAUAAGAAUAGAAAUGCAGUUUGUCGCGUAGUUCAA